AUGUCCAGGCUCAAAGUCGGCUUAGCCCAGUUCCGCUCCAAGCCCUUGGAAGUGGACGGCAACUUCAGAACGGCAGAGAGCUACAUCCGCGCCGCCGCCGGCCAGGGCUGCGACCUCGUGGUCCUGCCCGAGUACCAUCUUACGUCCUGGGCUGCCUCGGACGACGACUUUGGCCGGGCGAGCAGAUACUCCGAGUCAUUUGUACCGCGGUACCAGGAUCUCGCGCGCACCCUGGACAUCAGCAUCGUUCCUGGGACGAUCUGCUACUCGCACGACGAGCCGGCGUCAUCGUCAUCGACGACGACGACGACGACGACGACGGCCCACCGUUUCAGGAACGUCGCGCACUUCAUCGCGGCGGGGACGGGGGAGAUCCGCGGGACGUAUCAGAAGCGGAACCUGUGGCGCACGGAGCGGGACGACCUGGUAGCCGGGACCGAGCCCCACCGAUCGUUCGACACGGGCCUGGUGGACGACGACGGCAGGCCGAUACGGGCCGGACUCCUGAUCUGCUGGGACCUGGCCUUCCCCGAGGCCUUCCGGCAGCUCGCCGCCGACGGGGCCGACGUCGUCAUCAUCCCGUCGUACUGGUUCCUCGACGACGCCGGCAGCCAGGGUCUCGCCCUCAACCUCCAGUCCGAGCGCGUCUUCCUCGAGAGCGCGGUGACGCUGCGCGCCUUCGAGAACACCGCCGCCGUCAUCUUCUGCAACUCCGGCGGCUUCAGCGGCGUGGGGAUGCCCUUCCUCGGUCGGCUGGGCGCCAGCGACGAGGACGAGGGCCUGCAGGUCAUCGAUCUCGACCUGGGCGUGCUGAAGAAGGCCGAGGACUGGUAUCGUAUCAGGACGGAUCUGACCUCGGACGAUUGGAGGUAUAGGUAG